AUGAUGAUGAAUCCCCUUAGUAAGUACUCAUCGGCCGCCCUGGUUGUUCUCAUUGCAUUACUACUAAUUCCCCUUGUCCCAUUGUCCUCCUCAUCGACCAGUUUUACCAUGGAACUAAUCGAUCCGGCCAACCCUAAACACCCUUCUUAUCACCCUUCUCAACUUCACAACACCCUCCCACCCAUCAACACACCUGUACAAACCGUGGGGUGGCAGUAUUAUGUGAGCUUCUCGGUGGGCUCCCAGGCCGUCCAACUCCUCGCAGCCAUGGACCUCACCACCGACUUCACGUGGGUACAGUGCAACCCCUGCAACCCCUGUGCCCCACUCCCCAAUGGUGACCACGACUUCGAGCACCGAAAUUCUAAGACGUACCGCACUGUACCCUGCGGCGGCCGCCACCACAAUCCGUGCCUGUCGCCGUCGCCAGGCCACGCCAGCUGCAGCAGCCUGACGUGCAAAUACUCUGUUUCGUAUGCCAAUGGCUGGUCCGGUGGAAUUCUCUCCACCGACAUGUUCAAGCUGGACAACAAAAUGACCCCUCGCCUAAUCCACUUUGGUUGCGGGAACGCAAACACGGGGCUGUCCGGUGUGGUCGGCCUCGGGGAGGGGAGUGCCUCCAUCGUGGGGCAACUGCAGAUGAGGACGUUUUCGUACUCGUUGGUGCCCAACUCAGCCACUCUCACCUUUGGAGGGCCCACCGAGUGGGGCCGUGGGACCGUCACCCUCCCUACGGUACCAAUGCCCAAAAACGGCGCCUACUACCUCAACCUCACAGGAGUCAGCUUUGGGAAUACGCUCCUACAGGCAUCCCCAGCACUAAUGCUCGUGAACCCGCAGACGAUAGUCACCAGGCUUCCCUCUGCCAUCUACCUUCCUCUCAAACGUAAGGUGUAUACCUUGCUCCAUAAACGUCUGACCCAAACGCGAGAUCCAACAAGUGUAUUUGAGCUGUGCUAUCUUGCCACACCACAAGAAGAGAAGAAAUACUUACCUGCAACAAUCACUCUACACUUCCAGGGUGGGGAUGUGAGUCUGCCUAGGGAUAACAUGUUCGCUAGACUCCAAGGUAAUAAUAAUAAUAAUAAUAAUGUAAUGUGCUUGGCGGCCCUGCAGGCACAACAAAACGCCGAUGCAGUCUAUGGUAGCUUUGCGCAGACAAACUUCCGUCCGAUACCCGAGAACGCCAUCCGUCGACCAGAAAUCCGACGACGAGAGGUCGUCUUCUCCGGCGACGCAAACCAGAAAAGCUUCCAGCCACACGUCAUCUCAGCCUCCAUCUUCACUGUCCCCAUUCCAGACAACGGCGAGCAACUGCCACCGUCGGAGCGCCAUCACGGUCGGAUUCCGUCGCAGCCGUUCAAUUGUUCAAAUCGUCGUCUCCGGCGUUAUCCUCCAUCGUCAAGCUCGACAUAA